AAGUAGCGCCUGGUAGAUUUUUUACUAAAAAUGGCGCCCACCGGUGGUUUUGUUUUUAGCUUGUAUUUUUAUUCUAUUUGGCCCUGAAUAACCCGUCCAAUUUUACCCAUAUUAUAAUGUAUUCUCUACAAGAACUUGAAGCAGCUGCGGGAAUGGUUAUGGCUCCUCCUUCCCUUGUCACCCCAGAGCAACGGCAUGCAGCAGAACAAGUGUUCCUCAACCUCAGGAAGGCUAAAUCACCUUAUGCUUUCUGUAAACAGAUUCUGGAGCAAAGCAAAAAUGAUUAUGUGAUGUUCCAAAGUGCCACUGCUAUCAAGGAGGCGGUCCUCAGGGAGUGGACCUUGCUUGAGCACACAGUCGUUGACUCUCUCCGUUCAUUCUUGCUUAACUUCGUCUUGCAAAAAGAAGGUGUUCAGAAGUAUGUUAAAGAGCAAGUCCUACAAGUUGUGGCAGUCAUGUUCAAGAGAGGAACCUUGGAGAAUGGCAAUGCCCCCUGGGCAUUACUGUUUGGCGACCUGAGCCGCUUGAUCGAUGCUGGAGACCGUGGCAUGCAAGUCCUUGGCUGUUCGAUCCUCAAGGCUUUGUUGAAUGAGUACUCCUUCAUGAACCAAUCGAGUGAUAUUGGACUCAGCUGGGAGUUCCACUGCCAGUGCAAAAAAACAUUUGAGAAGGAUCAUUUGUGCAAGAUAUUCAUACUCCUGAUAGAGGCAUUGCAGUCUUUUGUGGGACCAUCAGCCCCGCCCACUCUAAGUGCCGAGGACAUUAACACUCUGACAAGGUUCCUGUCACUGGCAGAACAGAUACUUAGCUGGGAUUUCACCCUUUACAAUCGCCACUUUAAAAGGACCCAGUGUGCUGAAAUAGUUAACGUGACCUUGCUAAGACCCGGCCCAUCGUGGGGGAGUAUACUAUUUGACCCAGCAGUUAUCAACUUAUUCUUUAAGAUUCAAGAGAAAUUUCAGGAACAUGAAGAGCUAUCCCACCAUGCUUUGCUGUGCUUGACUCAACUGGCCUCACUAUCAGGACCUGUGUUUACAGACAAUGGCUCUCGUGUCCAGUAUCUAACUCAUUUCUUGCAAGGAUAUGUUGCCCUGAUAGAAGGGUCCCACAUGAACAGUCAAUCAGCUCUUGGAUUGGCCACCAUUGCUAACCGCAUGGUUUUUGUGUUCUCUGGAAAUGUUCUUGCAUCUCUUCCGCCCCAGUUGCUGCAUUCCACCAUCACGACACUCACAGAGAUCACAUGCUCAUACAUGCAGGCAGUAGCUAAAGAAGAGGAGCUGCACUCAGAAGACACAAGUUUCAUGGAAGCUGUUGAGCAGAUUCUAGAGGCCUGGGGCCAUCUGUUAGACAGUAUUGAUAAGUUCGCCCCAGGCCUCAUCAGUCCUUGUGCCACCAAGAUUUUUAACUGCUAUUUGCAAUGUCACCUUGCAAUGCCUGAUGGGCUUCGAGGGUCAUUUAACCCCGAUGGCUUAAACAUGGAGGAGAUCUGUGAUCUUGAAGGUGACGACCGCGAGCUCUUUUCUGACCAGCUGUGUAGCAUAGGGGAGUUUGCGCGGAUUAGCGCUGCCCAUGCUUUCCCGCUGCUAACCGCUUUGCUGGAGAACCGUGUGUGCAAGCUGGAGGAACGGCUAACUGCACUGCAAACAGCGGCCAACUCGGGUUCUCCCAUACCUCCCAUUCAAGGAAUGGAAAACCUUUUUGAAGACCUCCAUUGGCUGCUUUUAAUAGCAGGUCACAUGAUCGCUGACGAGAGCACGGGAGAGACCCCACUUAUUCCGAGUGCUGUUGUACAGUACUCGGCCGCUUGUGUCGAGCGCACCGAUGUCACAGCGACACUAGAUUUCAUGUUCGGCUCUCAGUCGGGAGCUUUAGGCUGUAGCUCCAUGGACAAGUCACGUGUUGACCCCGUGGUCAAGCUAGUCACGUGCGUCUGCUGUCUCGCAAGCGCGGGGAACAAGGCCAUCGCCAGCAACAUGGCGCACUUCCUGAGCCCGCAGGUCGCUGGGACAGUGGUCUGGUUUCUCAGGAAUUUUACUAGGUCUUAUUUAUUCCCGGACGAGAGGGACUCGGUCGAGCUCAGUGCAUCUCUUUCUUCCAUAUUUGGUAAAGACUCCACAGGGGGCAAGUGGAUGAUUGGAUUCCUAUUGGACACUGUCAGAGCUAACCUCACGUACUGGGCAUCUGAGCCUGCUCUGGCAGAGGACACUGUCCUGCUGUUGCUCAGUCUAGUCGACACCAAAUCGAGGGCAGAGGUGGCCGUAUCUUUUGAGUGCCUGUGGCAACUUGGCCAAUUGCAAGCAUCACGGGAAGGGCCCAUUUCCCAGCUGCCGGCUGAGGUCCACCGGUUUUAUGUGCAGGCCCUUGUUUUGGCAGGGUCCUCAGAGGGGGAUCAUCCACUCAGGGAUCGCUACUGGAAGCAGUUCUUGCAGUCCAUGCAUAAUCGCUUUGGGAUAGUGUGCCAUCAACCAAACUUCGUCAAGCUUGCCCAAAAGGAGCCUAUCAAAGCGGAAGUUCAGAGCCUUCUUGAAUCCUUCAAAGGCGUAGCGCUGGCCGUUAACGCUUGGAAUGUGAACGAGCUGUUUGAUUUCUUACUUCCGGUGUUGCGUGACAGUGUCACGCUACUUAGUGUUUACCAUACUUGCCCGGAAGUCGCCGUACUUGUGCUGGAGUUCUAUGUGAACGCGGUAGAAGCCUUUGUUAACUUCCUAUCACAGACCCAGGCGAACCACUUGUUCAAAGCGUGUCUGUCACUGUUGGAUACUUACACCAAGUGCAAUAUGGGAAAGCAUAGCCUGUCAAGUCUCGUGGAAGAAGAGCAAUUUUAUGAUCUGCUUCUCUUGAUGAAGCUGCUUAGCCACAUGCUUGCUCAGGAUAUACUUAACUUAGGGCCUGACGACGGGACUGAGAAGAUAUCUGCCGGUGAUGUCACCUUGUACGGCCUUAACAUAAUCCUUCCGCUCAUCACGGUUGAACUUCUCAAGUUUCCCUCCUUAUGUGAGGAGUACUUCAAGCUGAGCACCUUCGUAUGCGAAGUGUACCCUGAGAAAGUAGUGGCCCUCCCCGAUGGGCUAUUUCACAACAUGAUGUCCACUCUCGAAGUCGGCCUCAGCAACUACGACUCGGACAUCUCGAAGAUGUCCCUAGAGAGUGUUGCUUCACUUAUUGAGCAUUUCUUCAAAGAAAUGCGCGAAAAUCCACCGCAACGAAUGUUAGAAAUUGUCAGACACUUCUUGAGGUUGAUAUUUAACAUGGUCCUGUUGGAGUCGUUUGAUAUGGAUUUACUGCAGCCUGCAUCGUGUGCCUUCCAUGCGUUGAUUUGCUCUAAUCAGGGCUAUUACACAGAGCUCGUGCGUAGCCUUCUAGCCCACCAGGGGGACCCUGUGAUCUCGCAGAGGCUGCUGGGCGCCUUUCACCAGCUUACCCCCAGCGACAUGAAGCUGUCCCUCGAUAAGCACUCCAAGGCGCAGUUUCGACGAAACCUCGACACAUUCCUGGCAAAUGUGAAGGGCUUCCUGUGUAGGAAGUGAUCUCUAAACUAUUAUUUUAGUAUUAGUUAUAUUUUUAACCUAGUUAUAUUUUUAAAUUAUUGCUAUUUUUAUUACGGUUGCUAGAUUCAACCAGGCCAGGAAGACCAAAAAAUAUUCAACAAAUGAUAUCUAAGUUUUAUGAAGUUUUCAAAACAAGAACAUACUUUUCCCUAACGCAAAAGUCAAGCGGCGCAAGCAUUGUCGAAUUGCAUUUUAAAAAUUGUCAGCGUGUUGCGUAAAGCUUAAAAAUAGUUUUGCUUAUUUAAGUGAAGACCAUUUCAUGUAUAACUAUUAUUGUAUCCCAUUCUUUGAUUUCGCAAUUCUAUCCAUUCAAGUUCAAUAAAUAAAUGAUUUUAGUAUAGUA